UGAAAUACCGUGAAUUUAAGCCCAGAGGAAGUCAGUGGUUACGCAUCGAUCGAAGCAUCUAUUCACGGUCGGUCUGCAGACGUCUGCGAUAAUACUCUGCUCGCGCGAGUGUGACUCAAAUUAGAUUAAAUCACAAUGGGUGUCCCCGCCGGAGAUACGGAGAAAGGAAAGAAGCUUUUCGUACAAAGAUGUUCUCAGUGCCACACCAUCGAAGCUGGCGGCAAACACAAGGUAGGGCCCAAUUUACAUGGAAUAAUCGGUAGGAAAACUGGUCAAGCACCGGGUUACAGUUACACGGAUGCCAACAAAGCAAAAGGCAUCACUUGGAACAAGGAUACGUUGUUCGAAUACCUGGAGAACCCAAAGAAGUACAUUCCUGGUACGAAAAUGGUGUUUGCCGGUUUGAAGAAACCACAAGAACGAGCUGAUCUAAUCGCGUAUAUAGAGCAAGCUUCGAAGUAAGCUUAACACCUGUUAAAGAUGGCAAGACACGCUAGACGUAUCGAGCGGGUGUCGUAGAGGAACCUAGUACUAUUAUCAUCUUAAACCUCAUGGACAUCGCGCUACAUCUGACUCGACUCAUUCAUUAAAACUCCCCUAUCUGGUACUCAAGUGUUUGUGAAGUCUGAAUAGUAACAAAUUGUUGUUAUCGAUUAUAAGUAGGUAUAUCAUGUAAUUACAUGUAUUGACAAGAGUCAGGCUAGAACUGGCUAUAACUAGUUUUUCCCCUUCAUCGUUAAAGAUAUUCUGGUGCUCUCUCGUGAUGGCUGAGCCAUGCGUGGACGGUGCACUAUAUUUAUUUGUGAUCACAUGCUGUUAGAAACAGAUUUCCGAUCUGUAACACAACAACCUGAAAAUACAGAUUUAACAGUAAAUUUGUAA